CCUGGUCUCCUUGCUGUCACUAGAAAACAUUUGACCAGGAGAAAUAGGGAAGGAGAAGGUCCUACUGGGUAAGCAAAAGCAGAGAAGAAACAUCCACCUAACAUGGCCUGACAGGCACCUUGGGUGAACUUUUAUGAGCCACGUUGAAACACACAGGUCUGACACCCUCAUCUCUCCACCUCUGGACAGGAACAAACCAUGUUCAACCAAAGCUCCGCAGCAGGCUUCCUCCUUCUGGGCUGCUCCGAACACCCAGGGCUGGAAAAGAUUCUCUUCGUGAUUGUCUUGCUUUCCUACCUCCUAACUCUGGUGGGCAACACACUCAUUAUCCUGCUGUCCACCCAGGACCCCAGGCUCCACUCCCCAGUGUACUUUUUCCUGUCCAACCUCUCAUCCUUAGGCCUCUGCUUCACCACAAGCUGUGUCCCCCAGACGCUGCUCAACUUUUGGGGCACCAAGAGGACCAUCAGCUUCCUGGGCUGCUCUGUCCAGCUCUUCAUCUUUCUGUCCCUGGGGACCACUGAGUGCAUCCUCCUGACAGUGAUGGCUUUUGACCACUACAUGGCUGUCUGUCAACCCCUCCACUAUGCCAGCAUCAUCCACCCCCGCCUGUGCCGGCAGCUGGCAGCUGUGGCCUGGGUCAUGGGUCUCACCCAAUCUACAGUCCAGACACCACCCACCCUCCGCCUGCCCUUCCAUCCCCACCAUCAGGUGGAUGAUUUCGUGUGUGAGGUCCCAGCACUGAUUCGCCUCUCCUGUGAGGACACCACUGACAAUGAGAUCCAGAUGGCUGUUGCCAGUGUCUUCAUCUUAGUUGUGCCCCUCACCCUCAUUCUGGUCUCUUACGGUGCCAUUGCCCGGGCAGUGCUGAGGAUUAACUCGCAGAGGAAAGCAUUUGGGACAUGCUCUUCUCACCUAAUUGUGGUCACCCUCUUCUACAGUGCAGUCAUUGCUUUCUACCUCCAGCCUAAAAAUCCCAAUGCCCUAGAGAGAGGCAAGUUCUUCGGUCUCUUCUAUGCCGUGGUCACUCCUACUCUUAAUCCUCUCAUAUACACCCUGAGGAACAAGGAGGUAAAGAGGGCACUGAGGAGGCUCCUGGGGAGGGAUGGGGAGUCCAGACAAAGGUGA